CUACAAAUCUAGAACUUCUCUUCAUAGACUCAGUUGGUUGUUUGAUGACCAAGUCCAUUUGACUUUGUGACACUGGAACAUACGAACGCUACCUUGGAUUAGCUAACAAGCGGCAACAUGACGACGUACACUGAUAAAGGCCCAAAACCCCCGGCAGGGAAAUUUCUCCACUUCGACCAUCUGACCUUCUGGGUUGGAAAUGCUAAACAGGCGGCCUCAUAUUACUGUACUCGUAUGGGCUUCACCCCGGCUGGCUACCAAGGUCUCGAGACUGGCUCAAGGAAAGUGGCUGCCCACCUUGUCGCCCAAAACAAGAUUCGCUUCGUCUUCAAAUCGGUGUACGAACCCAACGAUGACUCGGAGAUGGGCCCGCAUUUGGUGCGCCACGGCGAUGGUGUCAAAGACAUCGCCUUCAGCGUCGAAGAUUUGGAUGCCAUUGUUGAGGCAGCCAAGGACCGCGGUGCCAAAAUCGUCCGUGACAUUUGGCAGGAGGAAGACGAGUUUGGUGUCGUCCGUUUUGCAACCGUUCAAACAUAUGGAGAUACUACGCAUACCUUUAUCGAACGUGGCAAUUACUCUGGUUUCUUCUUGCCCGGUUACAACAAGCUACCCACAGCUGAGGAUCCUCUCCUGGCCACAUUACCACCGAUCAGUUUGGAUUUCAUUGAUCAUGUUGUAGGAAACCAACCCGACUUGCAAAUGGAAUCCGCAGCUGAAUGGUAUACCAAGAAUUUGAUGUUCCAUCGAUUCUGGUCUGUGGAUGAUUCCCAGAUUCAUACACAGUACUCUGCACUGCGUUCUAUCGUCGUUACCAAUUACGAGGAAACCAUUAAGAUGCCAAUCAAUGAACCUGCUAACGGCCUGCGAAAGAGUCAAAUUCAAGAGUACGCCGAUUAUUACGGCGGCGCCGGAGUCCAGCACAUUGCCCUCAACACAACCGACAUCAUCAAAGCGAUUCGUAACUUGAAGAAACGCGGCACAGAUUUCCUUUCCGUGCCUGCUGCCUACUACGAUCAAUUGCGCGUUAAAUUGACUGAAUCUCCUGUCAAAAUCAAGGAAGAUUUGAAUGCCCUCCAGGAGCUGAACAUCUUGGUCGACUACGACGAUAACGGAUACCUGUUACAAAUCUUUACAAAACCGAUGCAAGAUCGACCGACUCUUUUCUUGGAGGUCAUCCAGCGCAACAACCACCAGGGUUUCGGAGCCGGAAAUUUCAAGGCUCUUUUCGAAGCCAUCGAGUUGGACCAAGACGCCCGUGGUAACCUGUGAAAAUAGCGCAGGUGCGUCGUGAAAGAGCAGCGCACUCUCCCACGUAGUCUGGAGCAUUCUGGUGGUAGUUGAUGAUAGUUGUUUAAGUUGUCCAAUCCUUUUAUAUCGUUGUUACUAUUACUACUAUUACUGCUACCUAAUCACCUGUCAAUUACUCUGAUUCGACAAAUAUACUCACGAAGCAUCGCA